AUGACCAUCCAUGUGCGGCGACAAAUCUGGGUUCUACUGGCAGUGCAAGCGGUCCUUCCUUUCUCUUUCGAGAUUAUCUUCCCAUUCGUGAAUCAGUUCCUCUUGGAAAUUGGUGUUGUCGACAACCCAGCGGAUGUAGGAUUCUACAGCGGGUUUGUCGAAAGCGCCUUUGCCGUGACCCAACUGCUCACUGUGUUCCCAGCGACAUGGGCUGCUGACCACUACGGCCGCAAGCCCGUCCUCGUCCUAAGUACACUCGGUGUCGCGGUCUCAAUGGCGACAUUUGGCCUCAGCACUCGCUACUGGAUGCUCAUUGCUUCACGGCUCAUCGCCGGUGGUCUGGGUGGCUCUGGGACCGCACUUCGAGUCAUGGUCAGCGAGGUAUCCGACAAGAACACCGAAGUCAAGCAUUUCACCUGGGUCACAAUGGCUUAUAGAACCGGUCAAAUUAUCGGUCAACCUAUUGGUGGAAUUCUCUCCCACCCGGAGCGCCAAUGGCCCAGCAUCUUUGGAGCACGGUUCUGGUAUACGUACCCGUAUGCCCUCCCUUGCUUUGUCGCUGCGGGUUAUGCACUCAUCUGUGCUGUACUCGCCCAACUCGUGCUCAAGGAGACAAUGGCUUCGUCAAGAGGCACGGUGGAUACGAAACAUUCGCCACCAGGAGAACAUGAUCCCCUUCUUCAAGAAAAUUCGUCUGCAGCAGCGAAGAAGACGAAAUCCCCUUCUGCACUCUCCGUCCUGUCAUUGCCACUCGCCUCUCUUUUAUUCUCCAAUGCGACCAUGGUAUUACUGACCGAGAUCUUUUUCGCCACAUACCCCCUCAUUUGUGCCACGCCGAUCGAACUCGGUGGGCUAGGUCUCUCUGAAGUACAAAUCGGGAUACACAUGUCUAUACGAUCCCUCUUACAUAUCUUCAUCAUGCUGCCAUAUAGACCACUUCAAUCCAAGCUCGGUACGAUGGCAAUGUACCGCCUCAGCCUUGUCGCGUGGCUCCCAACUAUUCUCAUUUUCCCAUUUCUCCACAUUUUGGCACGACAGGGGCUGGAAGAUGGAGUUGUCUGGUAUGCAACGCUCCUCGUGCUGUUCACAAUUUGGGCAGCGACUGGCUGGUCAUGGGCCUCCAUCUUCGUCCUCUCUUCCGCAUAUUCACCAAAUCCAGAGUCAGUGGCGACUGUCCAAGCGCUCUUAUCAGCGUCUGUCAUUGCGCCUCAAACUCUCGCUCCAGCGCUGGGUACCUCGACAUUUGCAUUUGCCAUUCAGCACAAAAACUUGUUCAAUGGUAACCUAUUCUGGGUGGGAACCUUUUUACUAGCUUCUGCUGCCGUCCUCCAUUGCUUCACCUUACACGAGUCGAAACACGACUGGAGAGCACAACGGGGGGAUUCGGCGGACAAUCCAACGGAAACAGCGUAA